GACCUGAUGUUUAUCAGACCUAUAAGCUGUUACACAGCUGUAACACAUAUUUUACUUAAUGUAAAUAAAUGUGUACAAUGAUCUAUUAACAGAGAUAAAUGAAAACAAACGUUUAGUUUGAGCUCGUCUUUAGACCGAUUGCCUUCGGCUUUGCAUAAGGAACCUGUGACCCAACGGAGGAGUGGCUGGGACGCUCUCCGUAGGCUAGUUCAAAUGAGAGUCACACACAAUUCAUCCAUUCAUUCCACUCAUGGCCUCACACGCAGGAUAUUCGCUUAUUUUUAUAUUGGCUAGCCUUACACUAUUGCCAGUUUGACUAUUGCCAACCCUAACCCUUGAAGACAUUUUUUUUUUUAAUUCGUUAAUUUUCCCAGAAUAGCCUAUUUAAGGUAAGAAAACACGACAUCUGUAGUCUACUAGGCUAUAUAUUGUUUUUUGUUCUUAGUAUUGAAAUGAUUAGAAUUGACCGAUAGCCUAUAUUCGUUUUAUGACGGGUUGGUUCUCUUAAAUAUCAUUGACGCAUUUACACAUUUCAAUGCGUGUCAAACUACAGCAGUCAUCCGGGUUAAGGCUGGCGGGGUUAAGGAUCCUUUAGUGGAAAUAAAAAUUAUUCCCGUGCGUCAAUAAUCAUGAAUCAUCAUCAAGGGGCCGCGGUCAUGCGAUGGAUUGAUGAUUAAUACAAUUAGCCUAAUUAUAGCCUAAUUGGUCUAAAUGACUGCGGUAAUAAUGCGCUGUUGCAUUGUUGCUGCUGCACUGCAUUGUGAACAGGAAUAAUUGGGCAGGGUAAAGCAUUCAAUUAAAUGCCCCAAUAUCCCAAAAGACCCCAAAUACCCCGAUUGAAGCUGUUUGUAAAACGGUAACCUGUGAUGCUCACUUUCUCUUUGAGUGCUUUCAUGGUUGCCACCUGUGGGAUGAGCUUCCCCGAUGCCACGAUGUGAUCGGCAACCCGAGAAAGGCAAAGGGAUUAGAUCCCAGUAGUUCCGGAUCAGCCAUCCCAUUGCCAGUAUGGUGGCCUUCAUGAGAAGACGCACAGCGGCCGCGCUGCUGUCCAUCACAGGACUCCUGGUGCUUGCUCUAAGCAACCCCGCUGGGGAGUGGUGGACUGCCUUGCAGCAACCCUACCAAUCUGAGGAUUUGAUUAAAUGUGCUUGUGACAAGUGUAUCCCAGAGGGUGAUGACUGGUUCAUGGCCCAUUUGAACCAAACAAUCCACCCCUUUCUCACUCCACAAAGCAAUCUCUCAGCCAAAGAUUUCCUUUGGUGGAAGAAAUUACAGGGUGACCCAAACGACUUGGCCGCCUUCAAAAGAGUCGUGGACAAAGUGUUUAAACUCUUCCCUGAUGGCAAAGGCUUCAUGGACUCGGGGUCCCAGCGCUGUAGGAGCUGUUCCGUGGUAGGGAACUCUGGGAACCUGCUGGCCUCGCACAAUGGUGCCCUCAUUGAUUUCAGCGACUUUGUGUUCAGAAUGAACGGCGCGCCUACCAAAGGCUACGAAGAGCACGUGGGGAAGAAGACCACCUUCCACAUUAUGUACCCGGAGAGUGCCGUGGAUCUGACAGACAACAGGACCCACCUCAUGCUGGUCCCCUUCAAAACGCUGGAUCUCCAAUGGUUGAUUAGCGCCUUCACCACCGGCUCCAUUAAGUUCACAUACCUACCCGUGAAGGCAAAGAUCAAUGCUAAUAAAGAUUUGGUCAGGAUACUCAAUCCUCAAUUCAUCAAGUAUGUCUAUGAAGUGUGGCUGAGAAACAGCGGAGGAUACCCAUCCACUGGCUUUCUGGGUCUGAUGCUUGCAAUACACAUUUGUGAAGAGGUGAAUGUAUUUGGAUUUGGAGCAGACCAAAAUGGAAACUGGAGACACUACUGGGAAGAGCUCAAAGACAAAAGACUUCGAACUGGGUUGCACAGUGGAACAGAAGAGUACAGACUCAUUCAGAAGUUGGCAGCUAAGGGAAAAUUUUAUUUUUUCCCUGGACAUUAAUCAUAAGAAUAAACACCCAAACACAAGCACAAUAUUUGAGGUAUGAGCCCCAAAUUUACAUAGAACCACAAUUCAAAUAUUUUUUGCAUGAGUUGUCCAUGUCAUCUUAACCUAUGGAAAUGAACCAAAACUGAAUAUUAUGACAAUCCACCACAUUCAUGAAGGUAGCUUUCUACUUUGUAAACACUUUUUAUAUACGUCCUGAUGUUUUUAACCAGCCCUCCAAGUUUAAUGGAAAAUGAAGUUCUGUACCUAUAUGAAGUUAUGAAGACUUAUUGAAGCUCUGCAUAUUAGUUGUAGUAGCUGCUUUAGAUACUGUGCGGAGCUAGAGAACUGUUCUUGUUCGAUCCCUAUUCAACUUAUUUAUAAAGUUUGCAGUUGUUUUUUUCCUAGAUAUAUUAUGUCGUUUUUAAUAUUUUUAUUUAUGGAUAAACGUUCUAUAAGUGUUUAAGAAGGGACAAUCUUAUUACGUGUGUUUUAUCAUAGUUCAUCCAUUACUUUAUAGAUUGUUCUGAGCUCAUUACAAUGACACCGUAAGACAUUCAAGAAAACAGGAAGUUGGCGGGGUCAGGGGAGGUCCCAAGUAGGUCUCCCAACAAUCAUCACAGGCCCUUGGAAACCGUUCAUAUGUGCCUUACGGGAGAAAUCUACCAUAGGAUUAAACAAGGUAUGGGCAUUAUCUCGUCUAUAUGAAUGAAAUAAGUUAGGAAAUAGCAGAAUCUACAAAGGACUUAAGUCUGAAUGACAGAGUUUGCAUCCUCAGUUAUAACCAUAUGCCGCCCCUGAGAUGAACCCAGCAUCCCGGCAUAGUCCGUCCCAAGUCUACCUUUAAUCCCUAACGUUGACACCACUCUACACAUGGCUCAUCCCAUCCGGACAGGAAGAGAGGGAGAGGGCUUCAUGAAGGCAGAAAAGGAGCACCUUCAUUCUUCUCAUUUAGUUUAGCUGGCCCCAAGUUGACCACUAAAACUGUAUCUCUCUACUGUAUAUCCAGCUGACCAAAUUGUCUCUCUCCACUUACAUGUACUGACUUAUAUGUUAAGGUUGACUAGUCAAUGUCACAGUCCAAGUUUAACAUUUUCUGCUUUAUGAAUGUAUUCCACAAUUAAAUACUGUGGUAUUGUUGUAUAUUAGUUGAACUUCUGCUAUAGUGUCUGAGUAGAAAUUAGUUUCAUUUUGCCCACAUCCCAGGCUUGUCACAUACAAUGUUCAUAUGAUAUUGUACGAAAAGUUAUGGACAAUGUUUCGUAAGAUUCCUAUGAAUGUCAACACGAGUGAUCAGUGCACCCUAAGUUAGCAAGCCCCGAGGACUGCAGGACCAUAAAACAUUUGUCUCAGCAUUAUAAUGCAUUUUGAUAACAUUUCUAGUGAGAAAUUGUGCCUUUAUUUUCACAAUCUUUGUUCAUGAUUGUAUAUGAGUUAGUUAGUGGAACUGCUCUUGGCACCUUUCAUGCUAAUUUGGGGUUAUAAGGGAGUUCAAUCGGGAUAGGCAUCUGUUUAAGAAAUUAUAUAUUUUUUUACACAGCACGUAUUUCAAACGUGUGAGCUACAUUUUUGUUUCCUGAUCCCCCCGCCCCCCCCAGUCACUGUAUAUAUCCAUAUAUGCUUGUUUUUACACUAUGUCAAUCAUUUAAUUUUCUGUAACAUGCAAUCUUAUAUCCUGCAUUUAAUAUAAACACGAACAUGUAAUAUAAACACAAUAUUCUGAAAACUGAAA